AUGAUGCAGUCGCACACAUUUGCGCAGGCAAUCACAGCCUCAGCGGCAAUCGGUGCCUUAUCGGCCAUCGCUUUAACCAUGUUGAUAUUCUAUGACAUCAAUGAUUUCCAUGAAGAAAUUCGUAUGGAUCUUGCGGGUUUUAGGGGAAUGGCUGAUGAUGCAUGGAACGAGAUGAUAAAGACAACGGGCUAUAAUGAGGACCGAUUUGUAACCUAUGAAAAUUUUAUCACGAGAGAAAAGAGGCAGUAUGCAACUGGCGAUCCGAAAGCGUAUCUUGCUACAUCAAGUUCAGGUCGCACUGCUGUAAAAUGCAACUGCCCUCCAUCGGCUAGCAAAUGUCCUGCUGGCCCAGCAGGGCCUCCUGGUCAGGAAGGUGAAGAUGGUGAGCCUGGAAGUGCCGGUCAAGACGGCUCUCCUGGCGGUGUUGGACAUUCUCCAACGGCGGAAUUGUUGAAGGAAUGCGUCAAAUGUCCUGCAGGACCACCUGGUCCUCCAGGUGUUGAUGGUAUUGCUGGACUUGCGGGACCGCCUGGAGGUCCUGGAUUGGAUGGAACACGUGGACCUGCUGGUCAACCUGGGCCUUCUGGCCCAUCUGGACCGCCGGGACCAGCUGGCCAUCCUGGGCCAUCCGGUGUACCCGGCCAAAGUGGAGCGCGUGGUGUAAAGCAGCAUAAUUCUCCAGGAGCAGUAGGACCACCAGGACCUGCCGGACCUCCAGGACCAAUUGGAGAGGGUGGGCGUAGUCUAACAGGCUCCGCGGGCCCAGCAGGUCCGCGUGGAUCGCCUGGUAAAGAUGGAAAUCGCGGCAAAGACGGUGCACCAGGAUCACCCGGGUCCACUGGAGCUCCUGGUCUUGAUGCAGCUUAUUGCCCGUGUCCUCCACGGUCGUCGUCUUUCGCAGACAUAGCCAGCUGA